UCCGACGAAAUUGGGGGUGAAAUGGGAUCCUCCGCAAUGUCUGUUGACGAGAUUGUGGAAGAGAUGAUGAGGCUUAACAAAUCUCUACCAAUAAGGCCAGGGAUAGAUGAAGUGGAAGCAGCAAAAGUUUUAAUUAUGAAUAUGGAGAAGGAGGAACAAAUGAAGUUAGAGACAAUUGCGCGGCAAAACAAAAGAAAAGAUGUACCAGAAGAGGUAUUCAAAAUAUUGCAAGAGAUGCAGAGGAAUUUAGUUUAUUUUCAGAGUAAAGAACAGAAGAGAGAGGCAUUAAAAUUGUUAGAUCUCGAAAAUGUUCAUUACCUGUUCGAUGAAUUGAUUCAAAGAGCUUCGAAAUGCUUGUCAUCUAAUCCUCAAGCUAAUAAUACUUCUUCAGCUUCUUCAAGGUAUUCCAGCAAUUUGUCUGUGGCGAAUUCAUCUUCCUUCAACGGUAGCAGUUUCAAUUCUCCGGCAACUACUACGACUAUGUCUUCGUCGAGCUUUUAUAGUGAGAAAGAGCCUGUUAAAGUGUCUGAACUUGUUACAAGAGACGACAGUUACUUGAAGAAGCCGACAACUGCGUUUCAAAUGGAUGGAAUCGGUGUUGGGCUUCGAUCUGGGAACGCUUCUUCUGCUCCCCAGAUUGUCGAUACCACUUUGAAGCGUAGUACUGGUCAAAAUGAUGAAAAAAUGAGCUUGAUAAAGCUUGCUAGUUUGAUAGAAGUUUCAGCCAAAAAAGGAACCAAGGAGCUAAUUCUUCGAAGAAAACUGUCAGACCAAUUAGAAUGGAUUCCAGAUUCACUUGGGAAGCUAUCAAAUUUGGUGACUUUGGAUUUGUCUGAGAAUCGAAUUGCUGUGCUGCCAACUACCAUCGGGGAUCUUUCAUCGUUGCAAAAACUAGAUUUGCAUGGAAAUAGAAUUGUUGAACUUCCUGAUUCAAUAGGAGAUUUGCUUAACUUGGUCUAUCUUGAUCUAAAUGGCAAUAACCUGAAGACGUUGCCUUUGACUUUAGCGAGGUUAACUCACCUUGAGGAAGUCGAUCUAAGCUCUAACAUGCUAUCUGUACUCCCCGAGGCAGUGGGAUCCCUUGUCAGUCUCAAAAAACUGAUCGUUGAGACUAAUGACCUAGAGGAACUUCCUCACACUAUUGGUCAAUGUACUUCGCUGAAAGAGCUCCGUGCUGACUAUAACCGUCUUAAAGCUCUUCCUGAAGCCUUGGGGCGAAUGGGUUCUUUGGAGAUUCUAUCCGUGCGGUACAAUAACAUCAGGCAAUUGCCUACAACUAUGGCAUCCUUAACAAGUUUGAAAGAGCUCAAUGUUAGUUUCAAUGAGCUUGAGUCAGUGCCUGAGAGCUUGUGCUUUGCCACUACACUCGUAAAACUGAACAUUAGCAACAACUUUGCGGACCUGCAAUCACUCCCUAGAUCCAUAGGAAACCUUGAGAUGCUUGAGGAGCUGGAUAUGAGUAACAACCAGAUACGAAUUCUACCAGAUUCAUUUAGGAUGCUUUCGCAUUUGCGUGUACUAAAGACAGAAGGAAAUCCACUUGAAGUGCCACCAGGAAACAUUAUCGAGAUGGGAGCACAGGCUGUUGUGCAGCAUAUGGCUGAUCUUGUUGAAAAGAGGGAUGCGAAGCCACAGCCAGUUAAGCAGAAGAAAUCAUGGGCUCAGAUAUGCUGCUUUUCAAGAUCCAACAAACGUAAGCGCAAUGGUAUAGACUAUGCCGUCCAAGCGUGACACACUUAAAAACUCUUGACCUUAUAUUUAUCUGGUAAGUUUGUUCUCUUUACUACCUCUGCUUCCAGCUAUUAGUCUGUUGGCGAAA